AUGGCUCCCGGCGGCGGGCCUUCACCUCUCAUUUGGUUCCCGGCGCCCGGGCCCGCUAUCGUUCCCGGACCCCGGCUCCCAGCACCCGGGCCCACCAUUGCCCCGGCUCCCGGCGACGGGCCUUCACCUCUCAUUCGGUUCCCGGCGCCCGUGCCCGCUAUCAUUCCCGGACACCGGCUCCCGGCACCCGCGCCCACCAUUGUCAUGGCUCCCGGCGGCGGGCCUUCACCUCUCAUUUGGUUCCCGGCGCCCGGGCCCGCUAUCGUUCCCGGACCCCGGCUCCCAGCACCCGGGCCCACCAUUGCCCAGGCUCCCGGCGACGGGCCUUCACCUCUCAUUCGGUUCCCGGCGCCCGUGCCCGCUAUCGUUCCCGGACCCUGGCUCCCGGCACCCGGGCCCACCAUUGCCUCGGCUCUUGGCGGCGGGCCUUCACCUCUCAUCAUGUUCCCGGCGCCCGGGCCCGUUAUCGUUCUCGGACCCCGGCUCCCGCCACCCGGGCCCACCAUUGCCUCGGCUUCCGGCGGCGGGCCUUCACCUCUCGUCUGGUUCUCGGCGCCCGGGCUCGUUAUCGUUCCCGGACCCCGGCUCCCGGCGGCAAACCUUCACCUUUCAUCCGGAUCCCGGCGCCCAGGCCCGUUAUCGUUCCCGGACCCCGGCUCCCGUCACCCGCGCCCACCACUGCCCCGGCUCCCGGCACCUCUCGUCCGGUUCCCAGCGCCCGGGCUCGUCAUCGUUCCCGGACCCCGGCUCCCGGUUGCCGGGCCCACCACUGCCCCGGCUCCUGGCGGCGGGCCUUCACCUCUCAUCCGGUUCCCGGCGCCCGGGCCCGUCAUCGUUCCCGGACCCAGGCUUCCGGCGCUGGGCCUUCGCCUCUCGUCCGGCGCUCGGAGCCCUCGCUCGAUACUGAUCCCGCUAUCACCCCCUCCUCCCGGCGCCCGGGCCCGCUGUCGCCCCCUACUCUCAGUACCCGGAUCCACAUCUAUUCUCCCCACCUGGAUCCAUUGCAUGUACUUCUACCUGCACAUGUGUCAUGCCCUUUACUCAAUUAGUUGGCAUAUGGCAAGAGUGUUCCCCUUAGGCAGAAACAUGGUUGACAUGUGUACAACCACAUGGCGGGUGCAGAUGGGCCUACACGACACAUGUCUAGUGACAUGUCUUUCCUUCAUCCCUGGCGCCGACACCUGUCCUCCCGUUGUCCCCCUGGUAGUUACUAUAUAA